AUCAACUCAAGGUGACUGGCAGAGGUAUUGCUCAAAUAUUGGUGUAGAUUUCUCGAUUAAGGGAUCUCUCUGUGGCAAUAUUUUGGUUGCAAUACAUCUACUUAUGUCAAGACAUUAGUGAAGGAGUGAUGAUCAGAGGGUAACAUGGACCUUCUCACAUUUGCUGCUGAUGCAGUCUUCAGUGCAGACCCCAAGGAAGAGUUAGUUACUCCUCUGACACCAAAAAAAGGAGCCAGAUCUGUGUUUGGAGAAGUGACCAAUACUAUUAACAUAUCACCGGAGAAGUUAAAAAAUUCACCACUUCAAACGCUCUUCACAGCUCCAACCCUCAAUACUCCAAAAACAAAGUCGAGGGGUUUGGCAUCUGCAGUCACCACUCCAGGAUCAAAAGGUGUUAUUGGAAGAGGCAGUAAUGGGAAGUCCUACUCUUAUCCUUCACCAGGGACAGAAGCACAGACCCCUAAUGGGGAUGGAGUUUCUCCUUAUCUAACAAAUGGUGGAUCAGGGAGGAGUCCACCAACUCCUAUGAGUAAUUUAAAGUUGUUAACUCAUAUUGCAUCAAUGGAAGAAUCUUUGACAAGUAAAAAAGUAUUGUUCCAGAACCAAAGUGUCAGUGAUAAAAUGACUCAAAGCCCCUCAUUUGUACAAACUUGUGUCACAUCCAGUAGUGCCACUAAAAACUUGUCAAGCCUUCGGAGGUACAACAGUGAUUGUUUGGGACAAAGUCAGAGUCGUUUAAACAGGUCCACUAGUACCCUUCGCAAACACCCCACAAGUAGUGAUUACCCGAGACCAAGCUCCCCAGGUAACCUUGUUAUAGAGGGCAUGGGCCAACUCCCGUCAGUGGAUGAAACCAGUACUAAUCGUUCAUCAGAGGGCUCUCGGAAGGAUAAAUCUUUGGGUCUUUUAAGUGAAAAGUUCUUAGAGCAGUUUCCAAUGGAAGUCUCUAUUUUGGAGACUCCUCGACGUCUAGUCAUUGAUGAAGUAGCAUCUAUGUUGGGCACUGAGCGGCGGCGAGUGUAUGAUAUUAUUAAUGUGCUGGAGAGCCUUAACAUGGCUGCUCGAGUGCAGAAGAACAUGUACCAAUGGAGGGGCAAGCGGCAUUUAGAAGAGACCCUUGGGCGCCUCAAGGCUUUGGGCUUCAGACUGGAUUUCCCAAAACGUAUCGGAUCCAGUUUAAGCAGUGAUGGGGAGAAGACUGACACCAGAAGAGAAAAAUCACUAGGAAUCCUGUGUCAGAAGUUUCUAAUGUUGCUGCUUGUUAGUCCAGAACCUCAUAUCAUUUCCCUGGACAAUGCAGUGCGGAUGCUGGUGGGAGAAGUUGGUGAAGAUGGGGAGCGAUUGAGGACAAGGGGGAGACGGCUAUAUGAUAUUGCCAAUGUCUUAACAUCCCUGGGACUAGUAAAGAGAGUUCCUACAGCCAAGGCCUUUCAGUAUGUUGGCCCAGAGGUAGAAGCCAUAACCAGUGAAGAAGUCACAUUGGGUGUGCUCCACCGCCACUCAUUACUGCCAUCCUGUCUAGGAGGUAGUGGAGGGAAGGAAAACAUUACUUCUCUCGGUGACCAUGAUGUUACACCCUCCAAUGUUGCUCCACCAGUACAAAAAAGAGGGCGACCACGAAAACUCUCAACAGACUUUUCAGCAUCUACAUUGCCAGCUGCUAAAAGAAGUAGACUUCAGAGAACUCGUAGUGAAGACAUCACUUCAAAACAAACUCGGAAGCUCACACGUCAUCCAUCUCUUCAUGACAUCUGUCAGGUAGCAGAGGUAGAGCGAGAGAAACUACUACAGAAGGAGCAGCUGCAAUGUUCACACUUAACCAGUGACUCCGUGUACACCAGGACCAGUCAGUCAUCAUCCCUGGAAAAAACAAAGAAGCAAGCUAUGAACACUGAAUUACAAUCUGUAAGCUCAACAGCGUCCAAAAUCACUUCCCUUCUUCAGCGGCGUCUCAUGUGCCGAACAGAGAUACCCAAGGCCCUUACUUUCCGAGGUUAUCAGAGUAAUGUUUGUAAUGAAGGCCAGAGUUCAGAACAACCCAAGAUUGAGCAGUUACCAAUGACACCUUUAAACAUGAUGGACUCCAGGGCUGAGCAGCAAACAUCCAACUCUUCCCACCAGAAUUCUGAGGGAUAUAAGGCUUCCCAUCAUGAAGCAAGGGAAGCCUUUACAUCAGGCAGCUUAAUAGAGUCAUGCAACUCGAACUAUGGCCAACCAAUGAAUAAAUUUUUUUGCACAACCAGCCAAAAUGUGAAGACUUCCCCAGUGUUGAUGGUGAAUGGUGGACUGGUGCCUCUCACUGUAGCUCAGCCUGGGUCCCACACUGGUGCUCUCACUUCAACUCUUCCAAAGAACAUGCAGGUGAUCAAGGUCAUAACGAGGACUGAAGGAUUAAAUCAACAGGAGUCCUCUACGGUCAUUACAGUGUUACCAGCUGUACAAACACAAACUUUUAGUCAAAGUUCAGUUCCAUCAAAACUUGUCAUGCAUGUUAAUGGAGGAUUCCAGCAAGUGUCUACAGGGACCUAUACUAAUGGUCAGAAAGUGACUGGGUCCAGCAAUCCUUUGGGUGAAGGAGAAACUUUUUCUGAGUCAUUACAAGGCAACCCCAGUCCUUGCACCAUCUUCACAGUGUCUGGUAACCACAGUGGCCAGAGGGCUUUUGCCAGAGUGAGCUCUUCAAAAUCUCCCAUGAACUCCCAGCCAACAAAAUGUUCCGCUACAUCAGUAUCCAGUGGCAAUCUUUCUAAGAUCCAGUUGUCCCAGUCUCAAGGAUUGCAGUCUCAGCUGUCGGCCACAGGGUCAGGUGACCAAGUACCUGUAGGAUUUGUACAUCUCCAGUCGAAUGUCAGUGCUGGAUCAAAACCUUUAGUUGGUUGUCAUCAAAAUAGCAGCAGACAGUGGCAACCAUCUCCUGAAGGUUCCAGCACUGACAGUGAGCUAGAGGAGAUUUUUGGUAAUUCCUUCAAGUUCACACGUCCCAAGAGUCUAGUCACUGGGAUACCUAGUCAGGGUGGAGAUCCAGGCAAUAAGGUGUGAAGAAUCCAACAAGGGCUUCAUCAAGCCAGUUACUGCCUCCUGUGUGCUCCAGUUUGGUAAAACAAAACAGUCACCGGAUACCCAAGCUGACGCCAUCAGGUAGUUGCCCUCCAUGCAUAACAUCACAGUGUAAACAUCGUGACAUUAAAACACUUUCUCAGAUUGGAAAAAAGUCUCAAGUGUUGAGUCACAGGAAUAAAGAAAAAUUUACUGUGACUCCAUAUCAGCAAGACUUAAGAGUUGUGUGAAGUCUUCAUUUUUUUGUGGUAGCAGACACACAUUAGAACAUAACAUAAAGUCGGUGAAAGUAAAAUGUGUAUUAUUUUGAAGUGCCUUAAGUUAAUUUCAUGACAGUUGAUUUUGUAUGAUAGAGAAGAUGUCAUCUAUCCCUUGAUUAUAAUAGGAGUAAAAUAGGUGGAUAAUAUUAUAAUGAUAUUGUGUUGUAAACAUGUGGUAUUUUACAGGUGAUGACAAAUAUUUAGUACAAGUGCCUUACAAAAUCUAUAUCUUAGUCAUUCAUUUUGUAAAGAACACUUUUUAUGGGCAAAGUAAAGGGUAGGGUAAAUGUACAGUACUGUGUAACAUUGUAUCAUGUAAAUUAUUCAAAUUAGCUUGAAGAAAGGGUCAUAAUGAUGGCUCAUUUCUUGGCUUGUAUUGAAUAUAACAAAGUUAAUUACUGUACAAGUGUUUUUAAA